AUGGUUUGUCAACGGCUUUAUAUCCGGACAAACCAAGUUAUGGUUUUUGUUUUAUGUAAAGUGAACAUAAUUGAUUAUUAUUUUAUAAGUUACAUUUUAAAACUGUGGAAAUGCAGUUUUCUAGCUGUCUACGCUCUAUGUCUCAAUUUUAAAAAUGAGAUAGAUAUUUAUACUUUCAACCCUUUCAACAAUCGUGAGGUAUCCAACUGGAGGAAGGCCGAGCUUACAUCACAUUAUGUAAAGGCAAAAUUAGGUUCUCGUUUCACGCUCUAUCAUCAAAUAUAUAACAAAAGAACCACUUUUUGCAACGGAUUUGAAUUUGAUAGGACUAAAUAUUUGGAUAGAUAUUCAGUUAAUGCAUUGACCAGAGACACGAACCCAAAUCGUGAUGUGAGAAUUCAGAAAUUCUAUGAAAAAGUAUUGAAUGUUAACAUUACGAUACAGCGAGAUCCCAAACGUAGACUAACCACACCAUUUUUGUAUGUUCGUUGGAUUGAUUUAACCUUGUCAAGCUAUGCUCUCAGAUUCAUCCACGGAAACUCAGCUAUCGAUCGGUCUUCUCCUCGAACUUAUUAUUCCAUGCAUAUUGUAACCCAUCACCGUGGAUUGCUUACACCUUUGGAAAAAAUCUACAAUUACUAUGGUUCAUUAAUAGUAAUCUCCACAUUAAUAAUUCUUGCCGUGACAUUUAUCGUUUCCUAUUUUUCUGAAGGUGACAUCGCAUUUGCUAGCUUUGAGGUGAUUCGGCUGCUGAUAAAUACCGAAAUAAAAACAAGGAUGCACACUAGCCGGAGCCGGAUAUUUUUUUCGAUGAUCUUCUUAUAUUUCUUGAUAAUCCACGGGACAUUCAGUGGACGGCUUGCAGGAUUUUUAACCAAAGCCGAGUACCAAAAAGAUCCUGAGACUCUUGAGGAUCUCAAAGACCCACAUUACAAACUAAUUUACGCCCGUCCUGGAAUAAGAUUUUACGUAACAGAUCCGGUGAUUAAAAAUAAAAUAAUAUACACUAAGUUCAAAUGUCAAGAUGUCAUCAGAAACAAUCAUUCAGUCGCUUGCAUAGAUACUUACAAUCAUCUUUUACCGGCCAUUAAUCAUUUUGAAUUACACUGCAGCAAAAAACCAGUAAUAGGAAUAUAUUAUGCUUUUAUAAUGCGUAAAAACUGGCCUUUAGGAACGCGUUUCAAUAAUUUUGUAUUACAACUUGAACAUUCUGGUAUUUCACGCAGAAAUAGUGAUGAAAUUUUUGCUAAUGAUUCACUCCGAAUUGAGAUUAGAAAGGCACGUGCAUUGGUACACUAUCGACCGAUUAUUUUUGAUGAUUUGAAAUUUUCUUUUGUAUUACUGGGAGUCGGUUUAAGUUGUUCAUUAAUAAGUUUCAUUAUUGAGAUUCUUAUCAGAUGGACCAUCAACGUUAAACCCCAUAGAAAAAAAAAAGGCAAGCUUUUCAAAGUUGGAAGUCAUCAAUAA